AUGGCGUCAGUGAUGAAGAAAUUAAAGAAGAAGGUGAUGAAGCCAAUCAAACGCCUCAAGAAAAUCUACAUCCGCUGGAAAUCGAAGCGCGUUUACUACUCCUCCGACUCCUCCUCCUCCGGAUCCUGGGCCUCCGAGAGUAGCAUAUCGGCCACUUCCUUGAUCGGGAUCAGCGUGGGGCCUGAGCGUCGCAACAUGAACAUCCCGUACGGGUACCUCGCCCUCCCGGUGUUCCAGGCGCUCAUCGAGCAAGGCAACGGGAUGUUCGGCCACUUGAGCCCUCCUGCCUACACACUCCCGUGCGAAUCCAUACUCGUCUCCAACAUCCUCACCCUCCUCGACAGGGACGAGGAGAGGUUUCGCGACUACAGCCUCGAUGAUUUUAUCGAGCACUGUUUCGAGUCGCCAAAUUGGCCACACGUUUAG